AUUUACUGUAAAGUUAUUAUUAAUUUAUAUUUUGUAAACUGAAAUCCUGUCCUCAUUUACCUCCAAAAUAUCUUCUCUCCCCCUAUUUAAUUUUAAUAAUUAAUUAAUAUAAUUAUAAUUUCUGCUGGAAUACACCCUUUCCAUCUUCCCAUGUUUCGGUGCAUUCAUUCAUUCAAUUACUCACUCCUCCUUUCAAACAAACAAAAUUAUCUGCUUUUGGGUAUCUCAAUACUCUAUCUCCUAGGGUUUAUCUAAGCUUUCCUUUGAAGAUAAAAUUUGUUCAGCAAGGACAUGAAGAUUCAGUGUAACGUUUGUGAGACGGCGGAAGCCGUGGUUUUGUGCUGCGCUGAUGAGGCGGCGUUGUGUCAUGACUGUGAUGAGAAGGUUCAUGCUGCUAAUAAGCUUGCUAGCAAACAUCAGCGUGUUUCUCUUACUCACUCUUCCUCUCAUAUGCCUAAAUGUGAUAUCUGUCAGGAUACAGUUGGCUAUUUCUUCUGCUUAGAAGAUCGAGCUUUGCUUUGCAGGAAGUGUGAUGUUGCCAUCCACACUGCAAAUAGUUUUGUCUCUGGUCAUCAAAGAUUUCUAUUAACUGGAGUAAGUGUGGGUCUUGAACCUGCAGAACCUGGUUCUUCUUCAUCAGGAGGGAAAAGCAACUCUGGAGAGAAAGUCUGCGAUGCUGAAAAUCGCGCUACACUAAAGAGGAGUGCUCCUACAUCAACCACAAGCCAAAACAGUAAAUCGGGAUCUGUCCAGAGAGGAGUCGAGCCAGUUAUGCCAUGCAAGAGGAGCACGCCAAAGACGGGCGCUUGUGAAUAUCCGAAAUUCCAACCUGAUCAAAGCGGCGCACUUGAGGAUAUAACUCAAUCUAGGAUUACCAUUGCUGGUGGUUCUGCUAUAGGAGCUCUUUCACAAUGGCAGAUGGAUGAUUUUUUUGGACUGAAUGACUUCCAGUUAAAUUAUGGUUUUCCUGAAAAUGGAUCUUCAAAGGCUGAUAGUGGCAAGCUCGGAGAUUCAGACUCAUCUUCAAUCCUAAGGUCCUUCGAUGAUGAUUUGGAUAGUGAUGAUCGAUUGGGACAGGUUCCAGAUGUUUCUUGGACAGUGCCACAAGAGCUUUCACCUCCCACUGCAUCAGGGUUGUUCUGGCCAAAAAGUUCACAGAAGUUGGUGGAUAAUGCUGUAUUCGUACCUGAUAUAAGUUGGUCUGAAGUGCCAAUGCAUCAGCAGUAUUUACCGAAACGCCAGUAAAUGAUGAAAGACACUUCUAGUGAUGAUGUUUUUAGCCCUUAAUAUUAUUCAAAUUAAACUAGUCCGCCCUAGUGUUUUAGGUGCCAACAUAGUUUAGUUGUCUUAUUAUGGCUGCUGUACUGGAAUAUAUUAGGAUUUCUGACUAUUGUUCAGACUUCACCUUAAGAUGUAUCUGUAUGACUGUAACGAUUGAUGAAGACAAAAGAGAAAAAACUGGGAAAAAUGAACAAAUGAUUCUGUAUACUGUAAUUGUAAGAAGUAUGUAUUCCUAUAUGGAAGUAGUGUGAUCUAUGUAUGCAUUGAGGGUGUUCUUCA